CACACCACAGCCACCUUUAGUGGAGGGACAACCAUAGACAGAGGAGAAGUAUGCCAAGGUACACAGUACAUGUCCGAGGGGAAUGGCUGGCAGUGCCUUGCCAAACUGGCACUAACACAGUGAGAUGGUUGGGGAAGGAAGCUGUGAGACGUUACAUGAAAAACAAGCCUGAUAAUGGGGGCUUUGCCUCAGUGGAAGAAGUGAAAUUCUGUGUUCGGAGGUGCAAAGGCCUUGGCUUGCUGGAUCAUGAUGAUACUUUGGAGGACACACUAGAGGACAAUGAGUUUGUUGAAGUUGCUAUAGAAGGAGAUGUAAUGUCUUCGGAUUUCAUUGCACCUAAGCUAGAAGGAGUUGAUUUAUAUAGCAAAUAUCAAGAACCAGAAAAGUAUAUUUAUUUAGAUGGGAACAGUUUAACACCAGAGGACCUGGUCAAUUUAGGAAAGGGGCUCUAUAAGAUCAAGCUCACACCUGAAGCUGAAGCUAAAGUCAAACAAUCAAGAGAAGUGAUUGAAAGAAUUGUAAAAGAACAGACUGUUGUUUAUGGAAUCACCACUGGCUUUGGGAAGUUUGCUCGAACGGUUAUUCCAACUAGUAAACUCAAGGAACUUCAAGUGAAUUUAGUUCGGUCACAUUCCGCAGGUGUCGGGAAGCCUUUGAUCCCAGCGAGAUCUCGCAUGCUUUUAGCUCUCAGGAUCAAUGUUUUAGCAAAAGGAUACAGUGGAAUUUCACUGGAAACUCUCCAGCAAGUUAUUGAAGCAUUUAAUGCAUCCUGCCUGCCCUAUAUCCCCGAGAAAGGGACAGUUGGAGCCAGUGGAGACUUAGCCCCCCUUUCUCAUCUUGCUUUGGGGUUCAUAGGAGAAGGAAAGAUGUGGUCCCCAAAGAGUGGCUGGGCUGAUGCUAAAUAUGUGCUGCAAGCCCAUGGCCUGAAACCGAUAACCUUGAAACCAAAGGAGGGUCUGGCCCUUAUCAAUGGAACCCAAAUGAUCUCCUCUCUGGGAUGUGAAGCAGUGGAACGAGCCAGCGCUAUUGCUAGGCAAGCGGACAUAGUUGCUGCACUAACACUUGAAGUCCUGAAGGGUACAACUAGAGCCUUUGACACUGAUAUUCAUGCAGUGCGUGCCCAUCGGGGGCAAAUUGAAGUGGCAUUCCGAUUUAGGUCACUUUUAGACUCUGACCAUCAUCCAUCAGAAAUAGCAGAGAGUCACAGAUUUUGUGACAGAGUUCAGGAUGCAUAUACGCUGCGCUGUUGCCCUCAGGUCCACGGUGUGGCGAAUGACACGAUAGCUUUUGUAAAGGACAUAAUCACGACUGAAAUUAACAGUGCAACAGACAAUCCUAUGGUUUUUGCUGAAAGGGGAGAGAUCAUUUCUGGAGGAAAUUUUCAUGGUGAAUACCCUGCGAAGGCUCUGGACUACCUGGCAAUUGGUGUCCAUGAACUUGCUGCAAUUAGUGAAAGAAGGAUUGAAAGACUAUGCAACCCAUCUCUCAGUGAGCUGCCUGCAUUUCUAGUCACCGAAGGGGGUCUGAAUUCUGGUUUCAUGAUUGCUCACUGCACAGCAGCGGCCCUGGUUUCUGAGAAUAAAGCCUUGUGCCACCCCUCUUCUGUGGAUUCUCUCUCAACCAGUGCUGCUACAGAGGACCAUGUGUCCAUGGGCGGAUGGGCUGCACGAAAAGCAUUGAAAGUUAUUGAACAUGUUGAACAAGUGUUGGCCAUUGAACUUCUUGCAGCCUGCCAGGGCAUUGAGUUCCUACGCCCCCUGAGAACAACCACCCCAUUGGAGAAAGUCUAUGACCUUGUGCGCUCUGUUGUAAGGCCUUGGCUAAAGGAUCGCUUCAUGGCCCCAGACAUUGAGGCAGCUCACAGGCUGCUUGUGGAGCAGAAGGUUUGGGAAGUAGCUGUACCGUACAUUGAAAAAUAUAGACGGGAGCAUAUUCCUGAAUCAAGACCUGUUUCACCCACAGCCUUUUCUCUGGAUUCAUUGAGAAUGAAUAAAUGUGUUGGGACUGAUCACAGUGAUCAGGAUUAACUUUAAUGUGCUAUGAAGUCUGGUACAUAGAAAAUCCUUUCCAGUGCUUUCUCUGAUGGAGAUUGUUUUAUUAUGAUACAACAUGGUUUCUUCCUGGGAUAUAAUUAAGUAUGUGUAGGUAGUUGUCUCACCUGUAAAAAGAUGGUGUCGGAUUGUAGAGUGGAUUAGGUUGAAUUUACUGAUGGUCUAAUUUAAACAAUGGUCUAAAUACACCAUUGGUACAACUCCAUUGACUUCACUGGACUUGCACCUGCUAAUGCUGGCCCUGAAUUUGGCCAAAUGAGAUCAAACAUGAAAUAAUCAGUUUAAUUAGAAAUGCAUCAAAUCAUACAGUCCUUAAUCAGGCAAAACUUCCACUGAAGCCAAUGGAAGUUUAGCCUAAGAACUGCUUGAUUUGGCCUAAUAUCCUUAUUUACAAAAAAAUAUGUGGAAUGGACAUUUUACAUGGUACAGAGUUGGCUAAAUGCAAUGGCAGAAUAUUACUGGGGUUACCUUUUCCUUACUGAUUUAAAAAGCAAACAAACUAUGAUAUUCCUAUAAAAAGUAAAUUCUUCAUGUGAAUAAUCCUGGCUAUUUAUGAAUAUGUAAUCCACACACUCUGCCGCUGGUGAGAUAAUUUUGCAUUAAUGUCAGUUGGAGGGGGCUGUGUUGCUAAAUUCCACCCCUUUGAAAAUUAAAGAGGGCACUUAAAGCUAUUAAUUGGAUUGUAUUUUUGAUUCUGUUUCUAUUUAAACAUUGUUUUGUUGUGCCAUCCUUUGGGUACAGAUAUGGCUUUUUAUUUAUCUCUAGCUUUGUUAGUGUUAGUAUAACUGAGGACUGGAGCACAUCAAGCUAGAUUUCAUGCUCCUGUCUCUCUUGAGUUAGACCUUUUUGACAUGUUGCAUUCCAACACGAGCAAAAUUGUCUGAUACUUUUAUCCCUAUCCGUUUUACGUGCACCUCAGCACUGUGCAGAUCAAGUGUGAGUUAAACAGUCCUGUGUAAUGAGAGAGCAUUUUAUAGCAGCUUCUUCACAAAUCAGAAAAGCUGUAUGGACACUAAUAUACCAGGGGUGCUGGAACUAGGGGUGCAGUAGCACCCCCUGGUUUGAAGCAGUAACAACAACCACAUACACGGUUUCUGCUUUCAGCACCCCCCCCCC